AUGGUCAUGGUGAAGAAAGCUUUGAGGAGUGACAGCAGGUUCACACUGAUGUACAGCAGCCAGAGGCACAGGAGGAGUGUGGCCCCGGCCAGAUCCAUCAGGACCCGCAGCCAGGUGGUCCUCAGCAGCAGCUCCCUCCACACACUCCCCCCGGAGGUCUUCAACCUGAUCCUGGAUCAGCUGUCAGUGCUGGAGAUCAGUGUCUUUAGCAUGGCGUCCAAAGAGAUCAAUCAAUGCAUCUUGGACUACAUCUCCACUGUGGCCUGGAAGAAUAAAAUGAUCAUCCAAAGUUUUCACCGCUCCACCUACAAGGAGCAGUUAUCCACUAUUGGACACUACAGAAGUCUGGGUGUAUUAUUCAAGAGAUGUACACUUCUCCUACCAACAAAGGAAAGGUUGAAGUUUAUCUUUAAGACGUUCUCUCAGAUUCCCUGCUUCAUGUUAGAGCAGUGUCAAAUUCCCAACUGCAUCGGCUUCUCCAGCUGUGGUGUCUUUCUCAAGACACUGAUUGCAGGCUGGGACGAGCUAGAGUGUCACAGAGUGUUCAACUUCCUGUGUGAGCUCACAAACCUGCUGCAAAAAGUGGAGGCCGUUAUCGCUGCAAAACCAGGGGUGAGGAGGUACCAGGAGGUGCAGUUCCGUCUGUUCUGUCGUCAGGUUCUGUUGGAUCCGUGGCUGAAUCAGCCAGAGUGUCAGUUCUGGCUCACACAACUUCUGAGGCCUUGGCCCCUGGUUACCCAGGCUCACUUGCUGUUCAUCCUCUACGGACCACAGCUGCCUGAGGGUAUUCUGGGAUGGCAGGGUCUGUUAGAGACAGGGCUUCCUCACACCACCCUGUGGGACCUGGCCCAGGCCAUCCUCCUGCUGUUAGGCAAACUAGAAGUCAAAGGCUGGAGCAACGAAUCGAUGCUGGCGAUCCUGGAGGAGCUCAUCGUCAUUCCCCAGCCGUGGCAUGUGGAGAACGUGGCUCGUCUCUUGGUUCUGUGCGGCAGCAAUCUCUGCUACACCGUCCUGGCCAGCAAGGCCCUGAACGGACGCCUCCAGGAGAUCUCCAGACUCAUUGUCUACAUGAUCCUGGUGUGUGAGAAGGAGGGCUACCACAUGAGCUGGGCGGUGAAGUUGGUACGACAGCUUUGUAAUGUCUUCAGCACCCCUUCUGAAAAGUUCCACUUCAUCCAAACACUGGAGAACAUGUUCGUAGAAGUCACCAGGGAGUUCUUUGAUUUUUAUGUCAUAGGGAACCACCUUGGAGACAGGGAGAAUUUCCAGACCCUGUGUAUCCUCAUGGACUCCAGCGCUCGCUUCCACACCAAGUUCCUCCACAUGCUGCUGAAAUAG